UACUGAAAGAAAGACAACGCGUAGCCGGCCCGAAUUUUUGGUCAGUUUUUGGGGAUUUUCACAAGAAAAAUGCCAAUGUUGGAGAAGAGAAAAGCGCAGGAGAUGGCCCUGGUGGCCGCGAAGAGACAGAGGAACGAGCUGGUGGCGGUGGCGGCGCAGGAGAGGCAACUUUUACAAGCCGGUCCCCCACGCACGUCUAGUCUUCAGGCUCCCAUCAUGCUCCUGUCUGGUCACGAGGGAGAGAUCUACGCGGCCAAGUUCCAUCCCGAGGGAAACCUCCUGGCCUCCGGGUCAUUCGACAGAAACAUCUUCCUGUGGAACGUGUACGGAGACUGUGAGAACUACGCAGUGUUAAACGGACACUCUGGAGCCAUCAUGGAAAUACAGUUCUCAACGGAUGGCAGUACGCUUUUCUCUGCGUCCACGGACAAAACGGUGGGUCUGUUCGACGUGGAAACAGGCGCGAGAAUCAAGCGGCUGAAAGGACACUCCACGUUUGUUAACUCCUGUCACCCGUCACGGCGCGGGCCGCAGAUGGUCGUGAGUGGGAGCGAUGAUAGUACCAUCAGGCUCUGGGACACCAGAAAGAAGGGUUCAGCGCAGACUUUCCAGAACACGUACCAGGUCACGUCUGUCUCGUUUAAUGACACCAGCGACCAGAUCCUGUCUGGUGGGAUCGACAACGAUAUCAAGUGUUGGGACCUGAGAAAGAAUGACGUUAUCUACAAGAUGAGAGGUCACAUGGACACGGUGACGGGACUGAGUCUGAGUAAGGACGGGUCCUACCUGCUGUCAUGUGCCAUGGAUAACACAGUGCGUAUCUGGGAUGUCAGACCGUUUGCCCCCCAGGAGAGAUGUGUGAAGAUAUUCCAGGGGAACCAGCACAGCUUUGAAAAGAACCUGAUCAGAUGUAACUGGUCGCCUGAUGGCAGUAAGAUCACGGCCGGCUCUGCUGACCGGUUUGUGUACGUGUGGGACACCACCUCGCGCCGGAUACUCUACAAACUCCCCGGGCACGACGGAUCCAUCAACGAAGUCGACUUCCAUCCAUACGAACCCAUCGUGCUGUCGGCUUCCAGUGACAAGAAGAUUUACUUGGGGGAGAUCCAGUGAUGUCAGGGGGAUCAGCCAGUUAGGGGAGAUCCACUAACAUCAGCUCACUGCUUUGUAUCACUGAUUAUACUGAUAGUACAUGUACAUGUAUGACU